AUGAUAGAUAUUGAAGCUGUGAUCGAGAGGAAGAAAGUCUAUAUGACGUUUGUCUAUGGUGAUCCGGUCAGAGAGUGCCGAGGUAGAGUUUGGGAGAGCCUAGUCCAAUUAAGCUUCCACCAGAGAGGAAGUUGGCUCAUGAUAGGAGACUUUAACGAGAUCAUGGGAAACCAUGAAAAACGUGGAGGUCGACGUAGAGCUGAGUCGUCCUUUCUCGACUUCAGAAAUAUGAUCAAUGACUGCGGCAUGCUCGAGUUCCCCUUCAAAGGUAAUCCACUAUCUUGGGUGGGAUAUCGAGCCUCUGGAAAGGUCCAAUGCAGAUUGGAUAGGGCCCUAGGCAAUGAAGACUGGCAUCAUGCCUUCUCCCACACGAAUGUGGAGUAUCUCCAGCUUUGGGGAUCUGACCAUCAGCCGGUAAUAGCCAGAAUACAGUCUAAGGCCGCUUCGAUUCAGCGCAGCUUCCGUUUUGACAAACGCUGGCUAGGAAAAGAAGGCUUUCAGGAAACAGUGAAGUCAGGCUGGAGUGCAAAUCACGCUAAUGGUACCGGAGAGGUCCACAAAAAGAUAUCGACAUGUCGACGUGCCAUAUCUGUAUGGAAAAAAACGAAUAUGACAAAUACUGCAAAGAAGAUCGAAAUGCUUAAAGAGCAACUCGAGCGAGCACAGACAGAUGAUGCUACUACGAAUGCUGAGGUACUUAAACUAAAGGGUAAUCUCUGUUUGGCUCACCGUGAAGAGGAGCUUUUCUGGAAACAGAAAAGCCGAGUAAAUUGGCUUAGAGAGGGUGACCAGAACACAAAAUUUUUUCAUGCCUCCACAAAGCAGAGGAGGGCUCGAAACAGAAUUACCAAGUUAAGAAGAACCGAUGGUUCCUGGGCUGAGAACGAAGAUAAUAUCGAGCAAACUGCCACAGGCUAUUUCCAUCAUCUAUUCACGUCAUCUAAUCCGAGAUCUUUUGACGAUGCACUUAAGUAUGUCACGGAGAAAGUCUCCCUUGAAAUGAACUCCUCGCUCACAAAACCUCCAUCAAAUGAUGAGAUCCGGAAGGCGAUUGCGGAUAUGAACCCGGACAAGGCUCCUGGACCUGACGGGAUGACUAGUCUCUUCUAUCAAAAAUUCUGGGAAGUCACGGCUCAAGAUAUCAUAGCCAUGGUUCAUGAAUUUUUUACAUCGAGCAGUCUAUACCCGCAGCUGAACCAGACAAACAUUUGCUUGAUACCGAAGACAGAGAGACCAAGGGAUAUGACAGAAUUUUGA